GGAGUAUGGUAACCCUGUUUGUUUGUUUCUUGUUUUGUUUUGCCCGGUGGAAAGAUUGAUUUUUGUGUUUUCUACAUAUUUAUUAAAUUUUUAUAUAGCAUCGCGUAAAAAUAAUCCAUCAAAAGUGAAGUGAAACCAUUGAGAAAUAAGAUUAUUCAAUUUAAGUUCGAACUACCCGGGAAAAACUUACAGUUAAAAUUUUACGAUGAGCGAUAGCCAACAGGACGAACCGUCCGACAUUGAUGCAACGGAAACAGAAAAAAAGGAACAAAGUGCUUGCACAAAAGAUAACACAAUAAGUGGCAAUACAAAGGUCGAAAGUGUAGAUAGUGAAAGUGAAAACGUUAAUUUGGAAAAUGAAAAGUCAAUUUCGUCGAAAGUGGAUAAUCGUGAAAGUGUAACGGAAACGGGAGAUGUGAAAGACGCCGGACAUGAAUCAACAUCGAAAGAAAACGAUUGUGAUAACAAAGAAGAAUUAAGCGAAUCGAACAGGUCUGAAAAUAGUAAAAUAUUAGAAGUAGGAGAAACUACCAACAGGGAAGUGGUAUCAGAAAAUACUCAGGAUAGUUCCAAUGAAAAAUCAAAUGCAAUAACCGAUUGUGAUGAGGUCUCAGAGGCAGAUGAUAGUAAAGAAGAAGCCUCACACUCACAAUCAGGAUCGACAAGAAGUUCUAAAGAAAAUGAAAAUAAUGAAAAUAAAUCAUCCGAAGAAAUUUCAAUUCCAAAAAGUUCCCUUGAAGAGGAAAAUAAAUCUUCUAAAACUGCAUGUGAUUCCACAAAAAGUUCUUCGGAGAGUAAACCUGCCGUAACCACAGAUGACUCUUCAGAUAAACCCUCAAAAGAUGAUCAUGCUGAGCAUGUGACCUACACUGAAGAUGGUAAUGCCAUAUAUACCGAUCCUGCAACAAAAUACCAAUACAAAUGGUGUACAAAAGCCAACAAUUGGGUACCCUUGGAAACACAAACUACCUCAUCCACAGCUAGCACAAAUCCCUAUGAAAAUGAGCACUACAAAUGGUGUCAAGAGACCCAAAAAUGGAUACCAAAACAAACGCAAGUAACCGAAACGGAACACUACAAAUGGGAUAGUGAAAAACAGCAAUGGAUAGCCAAGACACAGAUCCAAACCCAAAGUAAAGAUCAAAGUCAGCCAACAAAGGAAAUUGUAUAUGACAUUGAUGAGAAUGGUCAACGUAUAUAUACGGAUAGUGAUGGCACCGUUUACUUUUGGGAUGUGGAUAAAAAUGCUUGGUUCCCGAAAAUCGAUGAAGAUUUUAUGGCACGCUAUCAAAUGAGUUAUGGUUUCAUUGACAAUACCACCCAGGCAGAAAAUGAAAAGAAAGAACAGGAAAUAAAGGCUGCCGAACUCAAGGAAAAAGAAUUACAGCAAAUGACAGAAGAAGCAAAGAAAAGUAAUGAGGAGGCCGCCAAGGGUACAACAAAACGCAAAGCACAAGAACCACCAAAAUGGUUUGAAAUUGAUCCUGAACACAACACCAAAGUUUAUGUUUCAAAUUUACCCUUGGACAUAACCCUGGAUGAAUUUGCCGAGGUUAUGGGUAAAUGUGGCAUGAUUAUGCGUGAUCCCCAGACAAAUAAAUUGAAAUUGAAACUUUAUUCUGAGGCUGAUGGCCAGCUGAAGGGUGAUGGCUUGUGUGAUUACAUUAAGGUGGAAUCAGUGCAUUUGGCUCUAAAAAUACUCGAUGAAUAUAAUUUAAGGGGUAAUAAAAUCCGUGUACAGCGGGCCCAAUUUCAAAUGAGAGGUGAAUACAAUCCAGCGCUUAAACCGAAACGGAAAAAGAAAGACAAAGAGAAAUUGGCCAAAAUCAAAGAAAAACUUUUCGAUUGGCGACCGGAGAAGAUGCGCGGUGAACGUUUUAAACACGAGAAAAGUGUUAUCAUCAAGAAUCUUUUCCAUCCGGAUCUCUUUGAGAAGGAAGUACAACUUAUAUUGGACUAUCAAAAUGAUUUGAGAGAGGAGUGUAGUAAAUGUGGCACAGUACGCAAGGUUAUAAUCUAUGAUCGCCAUUCGGAAGGUGUUGCACAAAUUAAUAUGUCCACACCCGAGGAAGCUGAUUUGGUGAUACAAAUGAUGCAUGGCCGAUUUUUUGGUAAACGCCAACUGACAGCCGAACAUUGGGAUGGUAAAACUAAAUAUAAAAUUGAAGAAACCGAAGAAGAAAUUCAAAAGCGACUUAAUAAAUGGGACAAUUUUUUGGAAACGGAUGAAACAAAAAUAGACAUUGAGGAGAGUUCUAAAAUUUCGGAUAUACCAGAAGAAAAACUAGAAGUUCCAGCGCCAAGUAGUAAUCCAUAACAUGGAUUUGAUUUUAGAUUUCAAUAAUAGGCCGCUUACAUUUACAAUAAUUUGUGCAACAAUUUACGCGUAAUAUUCUAAUUUAAAUCUGCAUAAAUUCAAUUCAAUUAGCUGAAGUGUAUUAAAAUAUAGUUGCAUAUGUUACAAAGAAAUAAAUACCUCUUGAAAUUGGAA